AUGUCGACCUCGACAUUUCUCACGCUGAUUGUGAACUUAUUCAACUUGUCGGUCGAACUCACUCACCACCGCAUUGUACAAUUUUUCGGCAACAUCGUCAACGUGGUUCCGUUGUCAACAACCACGCCGUCAUCCCCUAUGCGGUUCACGCUCAGCGAGCAUAUUCGGCGCGAGGAUAGUCCUCUCCCCAUGGAUAUCCCGGCGAGUCCAAUGCGGUAG